GUUGAUACCAUGGCAACGUGUCAACAACUGAGAAGCGAAGCUUUACCUGGCCUGUAAACUAGCUUCAGGAUGCCUGUGUACAUGAGAAAAAGCUUGCUGGAGAUUCCCUCCCCGUCCGAGGCGGCUUGCAGUGUGGACGAGGAGGAGGCAUUUUUGAAGGACCCUGAACAGAUUCAGGAUGAGCUGCCUCAGCCUUUUCGGAUGAUCAGCAAGGUGAUAAACACAUUGAUCGACGAUGCAUGGAGCACUAUCCAGAACAGAGCACAACUCAAGCGUGUAGAACAAACAAAGAAACAGUCACCAGUCUUAGAAGCAACUGUUGAAAUCCAGAUUUCUGGAAAGACCAACUGCCUGGUGAGCUCAGAUGAUGGUGAAUAUGUCUUUGCUGGGGUUUCUAAAGGACUUUGUGUAUUCAGUGCUUUAACUAACGUAGCUGUUUCAGCCUGGGAAGAGGAAGAUGUGGAGGUCACGUCUCUUUGUGUUACUUGUCUUGGUGGGCAAGUGUAUCUCAUUGCGACUGUGGAUGAUAUGGGUGUUGCACGUCUCUUAGUUUAUUUUUCUAAUUUCAUCACAUUAAUCAAAGUCAUCAAUGAACCUGAAGAUGUAAGUAGAAGAAACCUCUGUACCAAGUUUGAGCUGUCAAGAGGAGGGGAUUUUGCAGGUGUAAUGUUGGAAGGCAGUGGUGAGUCUUGGCUGGAGGUCCACCGGUUUCCCAAAGAUUCCUGGCUUCGAGAGCUUGAGCUCACUCAGACAACAUCACAAAAACAGCAAACUGCUGAUUCUCAAGAUGGCGUUUUGGCAGAAACGGUACCUCAUAUUAGCAGUGUUGGAGAUUUGAAACUGUCCCCUUCAGUGAUUGUAAUGAAAAUCAAGCCACCAAAAUUCAUUUCAGGGACCUCUUUGAAAAGUCCAUUUGAAGUCUUACAGAAGACCGAGGAUGGCAACGUCAUUGGCUCAGGCCAAAACCAUAUGAUCAGCUCUCACCAGUGGGAAGAACAAGAAAUAAUAUUUAAAAGGGUGUACAAGAAGUAUCUUGAUACAACUGAAUUGAAGAAAACAGAAGAUAAACCCUGCGAAUGUACAUUUAACUUUCUGCUACCUGGUGGGUUGUUGCCAAUGUUCGGGGAAAUGAAAGGCCAGACGGGUGUGCCUAUUGCUAUAAAUCUGUGGUGGAGUGGAAAUCAUAAUCUUUUAAAGUAUCUACUUGUUAGGCCUGCAAAAGACAAAAAUGACAAAACAGAGGUUGAGCCCAAACCUGAUGUUGUGUGGCCAAAUGCACGUCCGAUUCUCUGCUCAGCGGUCAGCAGGUGCACUAAGUAUAUAGCUCUUGGGCUCACCGAAGGCUUGCUGACUGUAUGGGAUGCAUAUUUAGGUCUCCCCUGCUCAGUGCUUUCAAUCCCUGGGGACAGUGAUAUCAGACAUGUGCAGUUUAUGGAACCCCACACUGUCAAUAAAGAUAAUGUCCCAUGCAGCACGUUCCAAGUGAACCCCAAAACUCAGGUCUUGGUGUCUUGCAAAGAUGGGGCAUCACAUGCAGUUGUAUCAGUAAGAGGCAGAGACACCACUAUUACAAGGUUAACUGAAAGGUCUGAAGAUCAAGGUUCCCUCCCCAGUGCAAUACAAUCCAUACCUUUUCAACCCAAUUUGGUCCUUUUCAUGUCCAGGGAUGGCACCAUAGCACUCAUUGACAGCACUGAUGGGACCCUCAUCUGUAAUUUGGUGCUUCCAGCUCCACAUGCCUUAGCUACUCCAUGGGACCCAGUCUUUCUGCUGGACCCAGAGAGACAGUCACUGUUCAUAAGAGGGGAUAAGAAACUGGCUCCUGAUGAAUUGUUGGAAGGGAAGGUAGCUGCUAGUUCACUUUUCAUUUUCAAUUUCAAUCAGUUUUCAUUCAUGGAGUCUUAUAGAGACAAGCAAACGAGCGUCCAGACUGCCAAGCAUCCCGGAACAUGGGAGGAGAGAUGUGAGCUAUACUUACAAGAAAGGCUGCAGUCUCUGGGGGACAGGAAUAAAGAAAUGAGAGAGUGCUGGAACCAGCUCCAGCAGCAUGCAGCUUCGGUCAGGCAGAGGCAAGAGAAACAGUUGAAUCGGACAGCAGUUACCCAAAGGUCUCAGAUUCGGUCAACAAGAUUGAAACAAGGAGACAAAGCAGGCAUCACUUCAGUGUGUGUGUAGUGUGCUCUGUAGUUCAGCAUGCGUGUCAAGGUUAUACAGCACCUGGUACCUGCAGGCUUCCACACUGAUGGGAGUUGUAAAUUAGUUACAGUAUUACACAUUUCUUUUCUUUGUGAGCACAUGU